CUCGGCGGGCGCCCGUCGCUGAGCGGGGCUGUGUGGAAAGGUUGAAAAGAUGGGAAAUGCAGAAAGCAAUGCCUAUCGGAACCACCUUUCCAGGUUUCUUCCUGAGGAGCAGUCUGAUGUUGAUGGCGUAUUUGAUAUCUUAUCAGGAUCAAGCGGCUCAGCAGCAGCCAAAAAUGGAAAAGCUAUGAAGAAAACUGUGACUCUGGAAGCACUGAAGGCAUAUAUGAGGGAACCACUGCCAGAGCAAAUGACUGUUAGGUUGUACAACGGAAUGAGAAGUAUUGACCUGACUGGAAAAUCGUCUGCACCAAGUGACCACAUUGCUAAGGAGCAGUUUGUAAUUUUUAUGUCCAACCUCCUAAAAGGAAAUGCAGAUGAGAAGAUUACCAUAAUAAUGAGAAUGAUCUCCACCACAGAAGGACCUGUGAAGGGCAAGGAAAUCCAAGAGUUCACAGAGGAUCUGAUCAAGUCUGUAGUCCAUGUACUGAGCUACAGGAAGGAACUGAAAGGUUGGAAUUUGGAGAAUACUAGGGAUUCUGCAAGUGGAAUAAAGGCUCUGUCUUCUCAGCUUCUAUCAGAAUUGAAACUUGCAGAUGGGACAAAAGCUGUGAGUCCUCAGCUGAUGGAGAUGAACUUUGACAGAAGUGUCAUUGAGGACUGGGUGUAUCGAGUUCCACAAAUCUCAGCUUUCCUCAGCGUUGUUAUCAGGCAGGGCCUCCGUGUUCUGCAUUCUCUCCCAGACCAAACCAAAGACAUAGUCAACUUGGUUCCAGGCUGCAAAGGCAUCAAGGGAAGAAUUGUCAGCCUCUUUGACAUCCCGUCCAUCAUAUACAUCAACUCCCAUUUGCCUGCAGAGCUGCAGCAUAAGUGGCGGCUUUUAUUUUCUUCCAAACUUCAUGGAGAAAGCUUCUCCCAGCUGUGUGCACACAUAGUGAACAAAGGUCCCUGCAUUGUGAUCCUGAAGGACGUAGAUGGCUUUAUCUUUGGUGGCUUUGCAUCUCACUCCUGGGAGGUGAAACCACAGUUUCAAGGUGACAAUAGAUGCUUUCUGUUUUCUGUUUUUCCCUCUCUUGCUGUGUACACAUACACAGGAUAUAAUGACCACUACAUGUAUUUGAACCACGGCCAACAGACAAUGCCAAAUGGACUUGGCAUGGGUGGUCAGCACGACUACUUUGGACUCUGGGUGGACAGUGAUUAUGGGAAGGGACACAGUAAAGCAAAACCUCGAUGUACCACCUACAACAGUCCUCAACUGUCAGCUAAAGAGGACUUCACACUGGAUGCCUUGGAAGUCUGGGCAGUGGGAGACAUGCCUGAAAGUGCAGAGACUAAAGGUAAGAAGAGUAUCCUGGAUGUAGACCCUGAGGCUCAGGCCUUAUUAGAAAUGACUGGAAAGAGUCGGCACAGCGAAGGUUUACGAGAACCUCUUGAAGAUGACGAUGAAGAUAACUGAAAGGAUUUGCUCCUCCAUGUUAAUACUCCUCUUUUUUUCCCCUUUAUACUUCCCUAAUUAUCUCGAGCUCCCCUUAAGCCUCACGCUUACGCAUUUAGGGUUCAGUGCAGUAUUCUGCCUGAAGGGUUUAGUUGGGGAAGACAGAAAAAUUAACUACAUAUUCAGAGGUACCUAAUAAUUAAGUUCCAGCUGAAUAUGAAGAGUAUUUGUAGUAUAUCCUGCCUGCAUACUGCAUUUAAAAACAAAAGAAGUUACUGACAGUACUGUAUACCAACUUGGGGAACUGAUGUGCAGUUACAGGAAAAAGUGGAGACAAGACAUUGAUGAAGGCACUUAUACCUCAACUACAUGUAUUUAUUUGAAUGCAGUGAAGUUAGUGCAAAUUCUAUUAUUUCUUAUGUUGGUAAGCACAGAAUAGUCCUCAUGAUUCCAUCUAUGAAGAAUGUUAUUAAUUUACUUUGCUCCAGUUAAAUCAAGCGACUCUAGGGGAUGGAAGAGGGGCAGAACACUUAAGUAUUCAGAAUCCAGUUUUAUGGUAAUACACUAAGCUUUAAUGAAUUUCACUAAAUAUGUUUCUGCAGAAACCUAUUGUUUUUUAAACAUAGUAAAAUGAAGCCAAUGGAGUCAGUCAGUCAUAUUUAUCUUAAGAAUGAGCAAACCCUGGGAUCCUGGAACAAACGUACCUCCAGCAGAAAUUCCCUAGGGAAGGUGCCUUCUUUAGUGGCCUCAAGUGGUGUAAAAGAUGAAACUGUGAAAUGGAUUAAGCAAGAAACAUCCACAGGUAAUUGUGAAUAAUAGCUGCACAUGGCUGUAAAUAAAUAAAUGAAUGGAAGUCAG